AUGCUUGACUCGGUUCUGAAUGACCUCUCGCUGGUCGCCAGGUCCGGUGGCCUUUCCACCAACCCGAACAGUCGGCCGCCCGCCUUCAAGGCCGUUGGCAUCUCGCUGGCCGUGGCAUCGGGCCUUUUCAUUGGCGUCUCGUUCGUGCUGAAGAAAUUCGGCUUGCUCAAGGCCAAUGUCAAAUACAACGAAGAGGCAGGAGAAGGUUAUGGGUAUCUGAAGAAUUUCUAUUGGUGGGCGGGGAUGAUCCUCAUGGUUCUUGGGGAAGUAUGCAAUUUCGUGGCCUAUGCGUUCGUAGAUGCGAUUCUCGUCACGCCGCUGGGUGCGUUGUCGGUGGUCGUGACCACAAUCCUAUCGGCCAUCUUUCUGAAAGAGCGCCUGAGCUUUGUGGGCAAAGUCGGCUGUUUCAAUUGCAUCAUCGGCUCUGUGGUGAUUGCGCUCAACGCGCCGCAGCAGUCUUCGGUUACGAAUAUCCAGGAUAUGAAGGGGUAUGUUAUUCGACCUGUUUUUCUGACUUACGCUGGAGUUCUUAUCGUUGGGUGCACUUUUCUUGCCCUGUGGGCCGGCCCUCGCUAUGGCAAGAAAAGCAUGUUUGUGUAUCUCUCCAUUUGCAGCCUGAUCGGUGCUUUGAGUGUAGUUGCUACCCAAGGUCUGGGAGCCGCUAUCAUCGCACAGAUAUCAGGGCAGUCGCAGUUCAAGGAAUGGUUUCUCUAUGUUUUGUUGGUGUUUGUGAUAUUGACUCUCUUGACCGAGAUCAUUUACCUGAACAAAGCUUUGAAUAUUUUCAACGCGGCGCUGGUGACGCCGACAUAUUACGUUAUAUUCACCAGUGCCACGAUUGUCACAUCUGCCAUUUUAUUCAAGGGUUUCAAGGGCUCUCCGAUCAGUAUCACAACGGUUGUGAUGGGAUUCCUCCAGAUCUGUGCAGGGGUCGUCCUGCUUCAGCUAUCCAAAUCCGCCAAAGACGUUCCAGAUGCGGCCAUCUUCAAGGGAGACCUGGACCAGGUUCGCGAAGUGGCCGAGCAGGAGCAGCCAGAAACCGAGCCCAAAGCCGAUGCGAUCCGCGGCACGGCGGCGAUUAUCCGGCGCAUCUCGACUCCGCGACAGAAGAUGGAACGCGACGAGCUGCUGCGCUACCACAACGAACGGAGGCUGGAGAAGUCCGACGUGCCGGGCGACAACGAGAUCGUGGAGUGGGAUGGCCUGCGCCGCCGCAAGACGCUCCUCAGCCCGGGAUCUCCGAGCACCGCGCAGUUUCAGAAAACCCUCCACCCGCCCCUGGGCAUGUCUCGAUUUCCGGACUACGACGAGGAGCUGAUAAGCUCGCGGCCUCGGACCGGGCGAUCGUUCCUGAGCAGCUUCCGCAGCCGUGCGUCGAGCGGUCGGCGGGUCAGCGACGUCUCGCAGGGCCAGGGUGCGGGCGCGGGCGUGGAGCUGCGGGCUGUGGCCGGGGGUGGUCCGGCAGGGAAUAAUAACAAUAACAAUAAUAAUAAUAAUAACAGCCAGAAACACUCCGAAGCCACGGCUGCCUCAGGCCUGGGCAGCUCGCUGGCGGAGCCGUUCCAGUACCACCACCACCACCAGCAGCGCCGCUCGCGCCGCGAGACCGCCGGGUCCGUCCGGUUCGCAGACGAUCUCAAGCUGGAUGACAACGGCCGGAAUUCGAUCAGUAGCAGCAGCAACAGCUCGCCGCCCACGCCGCCCGUGCACGCCUCGUCGCACCGCCAGUUCUCGUUCCAGCGGCUGCUGUACCGUGAUCGUGACCGCGACCGCACAGUGUCGAGCUCAGAGACAGCCGCGAUAACGACGACGGGUAGUGGUGAUCGAUCUCCGAGACGAGAGCAGCAGCAUGGCAUUCUUAGACUGCCCGGGUUCGCCACGCAUCGACCGCCGGCGCCGUCGCCGUCGCCGGUGGUGAGGGUGCGCGAUGCGACGGAGGAAGAGGUGCUGGGCCUGGUUCGCGGCGACACCGCCGAGACGCACGCGAGCUCGGGCCUCACACCGUCACCCGCGUCGUCGAUUAUUAUUGCAGCAGCUGGCGGGAAGCCCACGGCCAAGAAGCGGUUUGGCGGAGCUGACGACGACGACGACGACGGCGACGGCGGCGGCGGCGGCGGCCCAGCGCACGUACGACAGUAUUAUUAUUCCGAGCCUACUGCCGCGGCAGCCGACGGUAGCAGCGUCACCAGCAGCACCGCUGCUGACUCUGCCGUGAAGAAGAAGAAUCGAGAUCUGCCUCCGCUGCCUCCAGAGCACCACCAGCACGCACCGUUACCGGGGUCGUCCGCGGAUGGUGGUGGUGGUGGUGGUGGUGGUGGUGGUCGUGGGCGGGAGAAUCGGAUGCAGCAGGGUGGUAGUGGUGAGAGACCUGGGUUUAUCUGA